UCCCAGGUUAGUGUACUAAUAGUCCCAGGUUCAGUACUCGCAACCGUGACUUCCGCGAUUUAAACCUUUCCCGUAACUUCUCCAAUUUUAGUCACAAAGUGUAGUGUCCGGUAAUGAUUUAUAGAAAGUUUGACGGUAGUUAUGUUCCAGUAGUCAUGCUAAUAGCAAUUUCAAUAUGCUAAAUUAAUACACGAAUUAAUUGAAACAGGUACAGGUUGGAAAAGAGCACUUGCAAAAAAGAAAUACAUAUUGGAAAAGAUAAAUUCAAAAUGAUGAAAAACUAAACAAAAGGCAGCUAUGUAUCUACAGCUGAUUGUUUUGGCAGUAACAUGGACAGCAGUGAACAGUUUUACUGAACCUACUCCUGAUAUGUCUUAUUUGACUUUGAGUGCUCAGAUAUUGACGGAUGGAACUUGCAAUGAAGUAAAUUGUUACAACAAAUAUUGUGUUGGAAGAAGUUCUACAGGCAAUCCACAUAACAUUAUUAAUAUGAGUUCCUUGGAUAGCAUCUGUAAACCUACAGUUACAGGGCCACCCAAUGGUAACAGAACUAAAGGACAUAUUACUUUUGAUAGUACCAACUAUGCAAACUGUAGUGUCAGUAAAACUUAUUCAUCAUCAGAAUGCACAUUGACAUUUUGGAUAAAGUAUAACUGUACUGGUUCUAGUAAUUGCUCUAUGCAGAUAUCUAAUGGUAUAAAGGUAGAAUUUAAAAGUGAUCAAUUGAUAGUCAAUGCAAAAAGCUACAAAUGUAUGAGAAGUAAUUGGGCAUUUAUUGUAUUAAAGAAAAAUGCUAUAUAUAUAAAUGAUGUAAGACAGAAUGCAAACCCUCAGCUUUCAGCAUUUAAUCAGAUUAAAAUUGAUCCUUCACAUAUGAAUGAUGGAGAAUCUUUCACAUUGUUAGAUGUUAGGUUGUAUAUUGACCCAUUAACAGAACGAGAAAUUACACAGAUUUAUGAAAAUUUGACAAAGAUUGGUGAUGUAAAGCCCUACAGUGAGUGUAGGUGUCCAAAACUGUAUCCCAUAGUUCACUCAGAUGAUAACUACUACAGCUUACAAUGUAAAAAUGAAGAAGGAGCAUUUACCAGUAGAUUUAAACAAGAUUCUGUAAUCCAGUAUAUAGCUGAUAAUGAAGAAAGUACAACCUGGAAGACUAACAUGACAGAAACAGAGUUUACAGUUCAACUGGAUCAAAUUUAUCAGAUUGAUGAAAUAGUACUGGUUACAAAGACUUCACCUUGUAAUGUUACUUUUACUUUAGGUGAUGGAAACAAUAAGGUAGUCAGUGGAUCAACCAGGACAAAAUGGUCUGGUAUAUCACAGAACAUAAAUAGUAGAUUACAGUAUGAAAAUGUAAUAACAAGAAAUAUAACUGUACAUCUUAGUGGAUAUUGUACUGGAAAUAGUCAUGAUAUAGCAGAACUCUUAGUUACUGGAAGAUGUAGUUGCUAUGGCAAUUCAGCUAGCUGUACAUAUAGUUCAAGUCAAAGUAAUAUCUGUCAAUGUCUGAACCACACAAACGGCUCUGAUUGUAGUGAAUGUGAAGUGGGAUUCUACAGAAGCAAGGAAGAUUUUGGAUGUCACCAUAGCUGUGAAUGUAAUGCAGAUGGAAUGGUUGGAUCUAGUCAAAAAUGUGCACAGGUUGAUGGUCAGUGUACAUGCAAAGGAAAUGUUGAAGGCCGUCAAUGUGAUACAUGCAAACAUAUACAUUUUAACUUAACAAAUAGUAACAGUGAUGGCUGUACCAGAAGUUUGUGUCAUGAAAAUGGGACAUUACGUUGUAAUAACAAUGAUACUUGUGAUAUGUGUGAAUGUAAAACAAAUGUUGAGAAUAAGUACUGUGAUAUGUGUAAACAGUAUCAUUAUGGAAUAAAUGUGCCAGACAAUGGUUGUGAACCUUGUAAUUGUAAUACUCCUGGAACCCAGAAUGCUGACAGGACAUGUAACCUUGCAACAGGACAGUGUACUUGUAAAAGUUUGGUAGAAGGAAAACAAUGUGACACAUGUACGAAUGGUACUUAUGGAUUAGAAAAUGUUAAAUCAAAUGGGUGUACUAGCUGUAGAUGUAAUAAGUAUGGAUCUAGUGGUAUUAACUGUAAUGCUAAGACAGGACAAUGUAUUUGUCAAGGAGAAAGUGAAAACAAACCUUGUGAUGCAGUAAUAGAAAACAUGAUGCCAAGCUAUGGACCAAUGUUUGGUGGGACUGUUGUUACACUGACUGGACAUCUUUUUGGUUCAGAUACUGAUUCAAAGGCUGAUUCAAAGGCAGACCUGGAUAUUUUUAUGGAUAUUGGAGCAUCAGGCGGACCUUUUCAAAUAUCUUCAUGGAACCAGACCACAGUUAUAUUUAAAACUGGCAAAUCAGAUACCUCUAAGUGGACCUCAUUUCUGCUCAGAUGGAAAGAACCAUAUGAUGGUGUUACGGAAGAUAACAAAUUAACAUGGAGGUUCCAGUACAAAAGGGAUCCAGUUAUUACAAAAGUGAAUUCAAUGGUAUCAUUUGAAAGUGGUGGAUGUGACAUCACAAUCCAGGGAACAUCAUUAGACAGUGUAUACCAGCCUAAGUUAAUAUCCUACAUGCUAGCCAAAAAUAAUAUCACAACAAACUGUAGACCUGUUGGAUCAACUAUCCUGGUAUGUGAAUCACCAAAAGGAACCAUUGGAAGCAGUAUCAAAUAUGGACUUACUUUAGAUGGGGUUACAAUGUAUGAAGAUUUGUCUACAAGCUUCAAUCAGGCAUUUUUUAACAUAACAAGUAACCCAACUGUUGUACCCCAGGCAUAUGAUGAUUACAAAAUGUUGUUUUCGGAUAAUAUUAUAAUUCAGGGUACUAGACUGAAGGAGGCUUGUCCAGGAAGCUUAAAAAUAAUGAUUGGAAGUAUUAACUGUAAAAUAGAAAGUUCAACAAAUAAAAGAAUAACAUGUAAACCUGACCUUGACUUUCCUGGUGUCAGUUUGGAUUCUGCCGACAUAAUGGUAAAAAUUGGAAAUUUUAAUCAUACAGCAGGAAAGAUCAAACUUAUAUUAUUCUGGAAUACAAUGGAGUUUAUUGGAAUAGCCAUUGGUGCUGGAGCUUUUGUUAUUUUGGUGUUAAUUAUUGUUAUUUGUUGUUGUUGUUGUCGAAGGAAGAGGACAGAAUCUUAUAACAACUCCUCAAAGAAUCCAGUUCAGAAUGGAUUUGAUCUACCGAUGUAUAAUGCAGGAAGCACUUCACCUAGUACAACUAACUUAAUACAGAAAGAAGUAGUACCUAGCUUUCCUAAUAGAAUGUAUUCUGAGAAGCAUCAUUUAGAACAAGCUUUAAGUUAUGACGAAACAGAUUGUUCUGAAGAUUUCCUUCAUAAAAUAGAAAGUUCAGUAAGAGAAAAGAUUGAGAAAAGUAUAUCAGACAGGCAAAAUAUAGAGCCUGGUAAAGUGUGUACACUAAAAGGAACUGAAAUCCGGGUACUAAAUGGAACAUUCAGUAAAAAUUCUCCAAAUGCUGGUAAAGAGUUGACAAUCAAAACCAAUGUAAAAACAUUAAAGGAAUUGUUGGUUGACAACAAGUACCCUGCUUGGGUUAAUAACGGAUUGUUGGAAUGUAUGAAGUUCCAGGAUUGUUUCCAUGACAAUAUACAAAGAAUGCUGGGUAUUUCUGUUGACCAAAAUAGAUUCUACGAGUUUUAUCCUGCCUACAGUAGAGGAUUUAAAGAAUAUUUAAAUGAUGCCAAACAUGAUUUCACUGUAAAACAGUUACUUGAGAUGUGUCUGCAGGUUGCACAGGGAAUGACUUACCUGUCCAAUGAAAACAUGGUUCAUAAAGACCUGGCUACAAGGAACUGUGUGGUAUUGACAGAUGGAUUAAUAAAGAUUUCUGAUGCAUCAUUUUCCUGGAAUCUUUAUCCAACAGAGUAUAUGUAUGAUCAACUAAGACAGAGAUAUCUUCCAGUUCGAUGGAUGGCUUUAGAAAGUCUUAAGAUGGGAUAUUAUGACAUUUCAUCUGAUGUGUGGUCAUUUGGUGUAUUACUAUGGGAAGUUAUGACUCUUUCUCUGUACCUACCAUACCAUGACCAAGAAUCAGACAAAGCCAUAAAAGAUCACAUAGAUGAUGGCUUCCGUUUGGGGAUGCCAACCAAUGCACCAGAAGAUUUAUAUGGUUUGAUGGUUAAUUGUUGGGAAGUGGACAAUCAUCAUCGGCCAUCAUUUGAUGAAAUUGUUGAAAAGUUAGGUAACGUUAUGAAUCCUGAAUCUGCAUAUAUAAAUUUAAACCAGUCGACAGCAGGAAAACAUAAUGCUGCCCCACCUGUCCCUCAAAGAGGUGGAACAGUAAUCAGAGGACAAAGAUCAUGAUCUAUUUAUAUGUGCUUAUAUUAAUCAAACUACAAAAGACAAAACACAAUACAUUUCUGCAGAACUUUCCACCAGUGAUUUCCAUGCCUUCUUUUAGGAGAGUGUAUCUUUUUGUCACUUAUAUAGCAAUGAUCAAUUUUUGUCUUUUAUGUUGGAAGAUUUAUCCCCAUAAAGAAAUGAAUGUGUCAUUUAAAUAAUGCCAGUAAAAGCCACCAAUUUUUUUUUAUUAUAGCAGAUCAUAAUGCUACCAUAAAGAGGAAUAGUAGUAUUGUUUUCAUUGGUGACAGAAUGUUGUGAUAAUGUAUUUACUCUCUCUUUACUAGUGCUUUAAGGUAUACAUACCAUACUGAAAAGUAUGUCAAUAUUAGAGAUGAUCUUGAAAGUUCAAAAAACACACUAAUUUGACAUUUCAAAUGCAAUAUUUAGAUAUUCUGCCAAAAUAUAUUUAUUUAUUUUCUAUCAAAGUUUGGAUAGAUCAGAAUUUGUGUUAUAAAUAUGUGCAUACUGUAAACCGACUAAUUUUCGCGACUUUGUAAAACUUGGAUUUUUCCUUAUUUAUCUACACAAGUAAAUAUAAGGAAAGAGUAAUUAAAUCGCUGCAAAAUGGGUUAGAAAGGUCUAAACGCGAAAUAAAGUAUCCGCGAAAAUAAGUUGGUUUACAGUAUAUCCUGGUUUUUUUUAUUGGGAUCAGGUGUUUAACUAUUGAAUGCAUUCCUUGGAUGAAUGUAGCAUUUAAUUUGUAAUUAAUUGUUGUUUAAUUCACAGUUGUAUAUCUGGGUUUUCAAAGAGUAUUUUUUGGGGAUAAAAUCUCAAAUGUGUAAAAAAAGAAAUUGACAUUUAAGAGCAUAUUAAAGAUGGAUUUAAUUCCUCAAUAAUUAAAUAAAUUUGAUGUUUAAUGUUAGGUACUUUUAGAUUUGUAGAUUGUAUAUUAGAGAGAAAUAUGAAGCAUUUAAGAAAAUAUCAAUAUUUUUCGAAUCUCCUACAAUUUUUGAAAUUCAUAUAAUAUUAGAUGUAGUCACAUAUUUUUUUGAAUUGUUAAAUAAGCAGCCUAAUUAAACAUUCCAUUUUUACUAUUAUUUAUGUGAUGUUGUAUUUUUUGCUGAUUUUUGUAUUUUUGUAUUUUAUAUGAAUGUACAGAAAUUGUUAAAUACAAUUGAAAUUAGAUCUGAUUGCAAUUAUAUAUAUUUAAGAUGAUAUGACCUUUCAGUCCUUACAGGUAAAUUUUUGUGUAUGUCCAUUAGACUCGUGCAAAAGAGGACUCAGUGCUGACAUCAAUUGAUUAUUACAUAAUGCAGAUCUAAGCUACAUUGUUAAAAAUUCAAAAUAAACUUUGAAUUUAAAAAUAUCUCAGUUUUUACUUAAGCUGAUCUGGGACAUAUCUGACGUGUCAAAAUUGAACUUUGAAUCUGAAUAUAUCUCAGUCAUUAAGCUAACCUGUAUUUUUUCUAUUUCAAAAGUACCAGCACUUAUUUUGGUAUCCACUAUUAGAAGGUACAUUAUUGGGUCUAUUUUGUCUGUAAAUUAAAAAAAAAAUGUGUAGUAUAAAUUUUCAUCAUAUAUUUUUUAAUGUUUAUGAAAAUGACAAUCAUUUAAAUCUGUGCAGACAGCUACUGGUUUAGUUAAAAGCUAGCUUUGUUGAGUUGUCGUAUUAGAUCAGUUAGACAGAAUUGUCUAGGUAAAUGUAUAUGGGUUGAUAUUGACUCCACAAAAUUCAAAAUUAAUAUGAGCUUGCAAAUUAUGAAAUAUUUACAUAGAAAAUGAAUUUGAUGUUUGGGUAAAUUUGACGUGAUUUUUUAAUCUUGUAAAUGAUAAUCAUAUUUAUACUAUCUGGAUCAAAGGGUCAGUAUAUUGCCAUUUGUAUAUAAACAAUCUUUUCAGUGUUAACACUAAACUUGACUUAAAUUAUCUCUACAGACAGACUACUUUUAGAAAUAUUUAUCCCAUAAAACUGACUAGAAUAAAUUUGGUUACAAUGAAACAUGGAAGUUAAACACAUCUCUUCAUUGGUCCUUAUAGAAUACAAUAAUGUUAUUCUUUUGUGUCCUCUUACAAACUUGUGAAAUCUGAUCUUACUUAACCAAGAUUUUUUUCAAGCAGAAACAAACUGAUUGAUUUAUUCGAUUAAAAAAAAUAUUUUGUAGAUUUCAUUAAGUCCAACAUGGUUUUUCCAUGUUUGCAUUGGGCUUCAAGAAAAAAUAUAUUCAAAUAGUGUGUCCUCUAAAACUAUUGGAAUAAUUUAAACCACUCUUUGCAGAAUCAUUUUUAUAAAACUUGAUUUAUGAAUUUGUCUAAUGGGAACACUGGUUGACCUUUUUGACUAUCAUUGUUAUAAAUAGAACAUAUUGAUGAAACAAUAGAUGCAUGUAUUGAGUAAUUAUUCAGAUACCAGGUAAUCUUCUAUAGCUUCUAUUUUAUUAACAUCUUCAUUCCUUUCAGCUUUAUAUAAUAUUUAUCAUUUAUUGUGUGUAGAGCUUUAUUUAUGUUUAUUACUCUUUUAUCAAAUAUGAUAAUCUUGUCUUGAAUUUUUUGUUCCUUGUUAAAACUGUGAUGUAUGUAUACGAUAUUUAUCAUGUGACAUUUUCAUGUUAUGAUCAUUAAUUUAUUGUUAGAAGCAUAAGCAUUAUGGGUAACCAGAAACAUUGACCACAAAAAUAGGCAAUUUUCCUACAUACCAUUCAGUUAUUUAUACUAUUUUUCAUUUAUUAUGUGCAGAGCUUCGACAAUUACCUUUAUUUUUGUAAUUAUUAUAAUCUUUUUUCAUGGAAUAGUUUUGUUCAUUGUUAAGCUAUCAACUAUAUUAGGGGCCUCGGUGGCCGAAUGGUCUAAGUAGUCCAACUACUGUAUCACUAGCCAGUCAACACUGAGGUUGUGAGUUCGAAUCCCAAACGGGGCAGGUGCACUCGACUCCAAUCUUAAAUUGACUAUGAUUGUCAGUUUUCCUACCGAAGGUCGGUGGUUCUCUCCGAGCUCUCCGGCUUCCUCCACCAAUAAAAACUGACCGCCACGAAAUAGCGCAAUAAUGUUGAAAGUGGCGUUAAACACCAACCAAUCAAUCAAUCAAUCAAUCAACUAUAUUAUAAUAUCAUAAAACCUUUUAGUUGAACAAUGCAUUUGAGAGACUUUAAACAAAUUGAAAUAAGGAAAUGAAAAACAGAAAUGAGUAUGGUGAAAAUAUUACAUGCAAUAGAUUUUUAAAAACUUAUUACACAUAUUUUUAUGUAAAUACAAACCAAACAACUUUAUAUAUCAGUGUAAGAAACUUUAUGGGUAUAAAUCAGGGUUUGUAUGAUAGAAAUUGCUGAUUUGGGUAAUAUUAACUGUCUGCGAGAUCACAAAACUUUAUUUAGUAAUGUAACAGUAAUAGUUCAGGGUUUACUUGAUAGAAUUGUCUUUCUGUCAAAGAGAAAUUGUACUUGUAAUAAUAUAAGCAACUUAGUUAUCUGUAAAAACUAAACCAUUAUAUCCUAUUGUUGUUCUCCACAAUCAUACUUUGUAUUUAUUUUCACUCAUUAGUCCCAUGAAUAAAAACUUUUGUCUCUAUAGAAUGCCCUGGUUUAUUUUGGUUAGAGUUAUUAUAACCAUGAAUGCCUUUGGAUGUUUUGCUGUAGGAAGUACCCAUAUCCUCAGUGAUUGAUAUAAUCUUGCAUCCAGUUCAUGUUUAGUUAUGGGCAUAGAAAACUCUAGAGGACAGAACCGAAUACAAGAUAAUAUCUAUACGUUUCAGAAACCAAAAUGUGGACUACUAUGCACAAUGCAAUGCACAAGUGCUCACUGGAUAUAGCUCUGAGUUGUUGACAACAUAACAAGUCUGGAGAUGAUAAAUGACGCAUAAUAAUCAACAAUAUUGUCAUCUAUAAUCUUAUUUUUACCAUUGUAAUGAAAUAGCGACAAAUCCACUUGCCCUCAUUGACCUUUCCCGUGAACAUCGCCUCAUCAGACGCUAAAGUGAAGAUGUGUUCCGUCAUUUGAUCACAUGGUAAUUCUUGUGUUUUUCUAAUGUUGUCUAUUGCUCAUCAACCCAAAAUGCAUACAUGUAAUACCAAUAUCAAAAUCUAAAUAUGAAAACCUAUCCACAUUUUGGUGCUAAUGGGUGGGAGAGGGGGGAACAUAUCAAGGACCUCAUCAACCCAAACAGUCAAUAUGUAUUGCCUGAUCAAAUAUAGCCCUUAAACCAACCACUUGGAUAUUGAAAGAAUGAGGAUGUAUCACAUGUACAUCGCCAAAGAUAUCAACCAAUGAGGUUAUACCCAUAUCCUCAGUGAUUGAUAUAAUCUUGCAUCCAGUUCAUGUUUAGUUAUGGGCAUAGAAAACUCUGUUGUCCAUACAGCAUAUUUGCAUGCCAAUCUCAAAUAACACCACUAGCAAGGCUUUCUCUUAAGGAAUAGUAUUCCCAAAACUCAAAACAAAAAUGUCUUCAACACUUUUAUUAAAUAUUAUUCUUUUAUUUCUUUACAAUGCUACAUUUGUACUAACAAUUUCAAGAUACGUGUACACAGUUCUUUAUAAAUAGUUUCACAAUUCAAUAAGUUCUCAUGAAUUCCACCACAUACAAACUUAUAAAGUCCCGUUAAUGCAAUGAACUCAUAUCAAAAUGAACAUUAUUUGAAUCACAUCUUCAGCAUGAUGAAAGCUUGUUGUAAGCAAAGGGACUUCACCUCCAAGUGUCUACUAUGCUGGCUUGUCGCUUACUUUACUGUUGUUGGAUCAAACUCACUCUUUACUUCCCAAUCAGGAACAUUGACAAUUGUAUUUCCACUUGAUUCUUCUCAACUCUGCUGAAAAUAUAUUAACCAAUAACAAUUUGUUUAUUUGUACUUGUACAGCAUUAGUCACACUUCGAAAAGGAAAAAUCCCUUUGCCUACAAUCCAUGUGGAAAACCACUAGGGAAUCAGUGUCCCUCGAACUGUAGACAAAGAAAUUUAAAUUAAAAAAAUUCACCAUACAUAAAAUUUUAGUAUACAUUAGUAUACAAAAUGAUACAACAUUAUAUUUAGUAAAUAAAACAAAACAAAAAUAUUGCAACAAUUAAUCUUCCAAGUCAAACAGAUUUUUGUGACAUCUUUCAACACAUCAAUGAAAUUAUAUACAAAUCUUAUAAUAAACAUCUCAAAAUUAGGGACAAAUUUUUAGAAUUACUUUUAAAUAUGUUCAGUUAAACAUAAAGCUGUUCCAUCACAGUUUUUUUUUUUUUUUUUUAAUUCAAGUACCGUGCCAUACUGGCAUCUUCUGCCUUUCUCUUCAAUACAGAAAAACAUAAUUUAGUGUUAUGUCUAUAUUUACACCAUUUCUUUUUUUUAUUAUUAUAUUUUCUGAAAUCAAAUCAUUACUUAAACAUGGAAUUUGUACUCACCAGAUUCUGAUCAGAAAAAUCCUGUCCUUUAAGGUUGAUCGAACUCAUUGACAUGAAUUAUCGUGCAAUGUCAUAUUGCUUCUCCUUCAUACAUCAGCUUGUCAGUAACACCCAUGAUCUGAAAACAUAAACAUUCUAUUCAUAUUCUAUGUACAUUCAAACAGACCGCUGAACGCAGACCUCGAUGAAGACACCUUAUAAUUCAAUACACAUCACUCCAGCCAACAAAACUAAUACCAAGUGACAUGUAAUUUCACACUAAAUGCUUUCACUUUCUCAAUCUUACUAUUCUUUUCUAACAAAGUCUUAUUAUACAUAAAAUAUUUUAACAAAGUCAAAGUCCAAUUAUACAUAAAAUAUUUUAACGCGAUAGCUCUUCGACCGGCGUUUAACCGACGCACGGCAUACCAAAUAUCUGACCACCUGGGUUAAUAAUAACUACCCAUGGCAAGGUCUAAAUCCCAAAACAUUUCACCACCAAGGUUAAAAAUGACCACCUAGGUCUAUUAAGAAGCCACCAAGGCGAAUAUAAAUGACCACCAAGGUCUUAAAGCCAUCAAGGCUAGUAUUUUCUAUUUAAUGUUGCCACCAAGGCAAAUGUAAAAAAUUAUAAAAAUGACCACCUAUGUCUAUUGCCACCAAGGCAAAUAUAAAUGACCACCUAGGUUUAUUGCCACCAAGGCAUAUAUAAAUGACCACCAAGGUCUUAAAGCCACCAAGGCAAAUGUAAGUAAAAGUUAAAGAAUAUAAUUACUUUGCCGACAACACGGCUUGGAUAUUGAAAGAAUGAGGAUGUAUCACAUGUACUUCCUCCAAAGAUAUCAACCAAUGAGGUUAAUUAAUCAUUAGAUAAGGAUAAAAAAAAAUAUCCAAAUAAAAUAAAUUACCGGACAACUAAAAAAAAAGGAAAAAUUGUGAGGACACUCUUGAAAGUAAAUUUCUUUACUAGAGUUAGUUAUCUUGAUUUUUUUUCUUUCCUAGAUGCAUGAAAGCUAUGGUGUCAAAAAGGAUUUUGUAUAUUUUCAUAUACAGUCAAACCUGCUAUAAGCGGAAAUCUGUCUUUCUAAGUGUCCCAAGGUAGUAAUGCCUAUGGGCAUUUGUAACCCAGUUCAAAGGUCACUUCUCUUGUAAGGUCAGUAUUCUCUGGUCCCAAGGGUGACCUUUAUAUACAGAUUUGACUGAUUUAACCUUGUGUUGAAGUUUUCCAUAUUUAUAUUUCUUGUGUGCUUCUUUCUCUAACCAUCAUGAAAAAAGAGACAGACAACUGACAACAUUGAUAAUUUCUUAACUCUUGCAAACUGAGAAAAAUGAAUGGUUGUUUUAUUUAAGAGCCUGAAUAUGACCGAUCAGUCCCCCAAACAUACCUUCCCUUGAUAUGUACAUCUGUUAUUUUCAGAUUUGGACAUACAUUUUGGUACAAAAACAGAUCAGUCAACUGUGAUAUACCAUAUAUAUGUGAUUUUUUUAUACGUUUUGUAUGUUUUUUUUGUAAAACUAUUUAAUAUGCUUUCUUUUUUGUUACUCUUUUACUUCUUUAAUUAAAUGGCUUUAUUUGACAAAUUUUUGCUUGUCAUUUUGUACAGUUAACAUUACUUGAAACCAGUGAAUAUCUUUUGUUAUGUUAUGAUUUUGUAACCAUGAUAUGAUAAGUUUAUUUGUGAAUGCUAUUGUUAAUUACUUAAAAAAUAUCAGUUUCCAUUCUGCUCACUGAAUGUAAAUACUUUUGACUCUUUCUCAUAUUGAUAUUUAUGCCAUUUCUACCUGACUUAGUACCAAAAACAUUUAGAUGUUAUUUCACUUUUUAGCUUUAUUCUGACGUUUUUAUCAUCUUUCUUCACAAUGGUUAAUGAACAUGUGUAAAAUUGAAGGCAAUUUUAACUUUAAUUUGACCAAUUUUCAAUGUAAAAAAUGGUUUUGACAUUAUUUUUUUUUAUUAUGAAAAUAUCAGUUUACCGGUAAAUUCAGUAUGUAAAAGUACUUUUCAAGACUCACUAGUUUAACUAUCUUUUAUUUGCAAAACGAAAAUGUUUUCAUAAUGAUGAUGAUGAUGAAUUGGUGUUUAAGGAUGUUCGCUAGUCAUGUUUUUGAAUUUUUGUCAGAUUUUUGGAUUCCUCUAGUUUUAUCCAUUUAAAUACCAUAAAAAAAUUUUGCCACUAACACUCAUUUUUCUUUUCAUAAAUCUUUUACAUACAGGAUAAGAAGCCUUUUGUUUGCAAAAUAAAACUUGUCAAUGAUAAAGCUAUGAAAAAUCAAGAGAGAAAUUUUUCCCAUAAAAUUUACAAUAGCUUAUAUCUCAAAAACAAGCGCAUGGACCUAUAAUUUUUUUGCACUCUUAUAGUUCCUUUAUUAGUAACCUAUCAAUAUUUACCAGUGUGAUGAAUAGCUUGUUAUUUUGAAACUGAGUAGCAAACAUCCUUAAUUUAAAGUUUCAAUUAUUAAAUGCAUAUGAGGAUGAGAACAUGUUAAUGUGAUAUGAAUAUGGAUGCUGCUUUGUACUAAACUUACAAGCUAAGCUGAAUCUGUAUGCUUGUUCACAAGGUAGCAGUCUGCAGGAAGACAUUUCACCCUACCCAAACAUAUUAUUCUGACUCUUAGCUGAACAGUCUUUGCUCUUACUCCUAAAUGCUGUGUUUUUUUAUGUGAAAAAUGUAUGCAAAAGUUUUUAAACAACUCAAAUAGACUAUUUUCAUCUUCAGAAAAGAGUUAAUGUUUUCCAAAUUCACCAAAUUCCCCGAUUGUAAGCUUGAUUUACUUUUUUUAGUUGCUCUUACAUGACAGUACUAGAAUGAUGAUCUUUUUCAGUUUCAGUUACAUCAGUGUCUAAUCAAUGCAGUGGAAUGCAGCAAAUACCAAUUUUCAAGUCUUUUGUGCCCCCCCCCCCCCCUUUAGGGAUCCAACCCACGACCUCCCACACUCAAGGCAAGCAUGCUACUACACCACCACUGAGUUGAUAAUGGGCAUGUUAUCAGGCAUUUUGUAAAUCUGAAGUAAACUUAUUUCUGUAAUGGCUAUUAGAUCUAUAUAGCCAUUUUUUAUAACUACUAUUUGCUUUUUUUGUCAAUCAAUACAUUUACCAUCAUCUUCCAUUUUUACAAAUUGUUCAAUUCUCAACAAAGUGUUUAAAGAUUUGAAUAUUUAUAGUAGCUUUUUGUAUAUGCUGGAUUUUAACUGUUAUUGUUAUUCAUAUAUAUACUUACCACGACUAACACACAAAUAUACAAUCAAAGUGCCAUGUGAAGUGCAGUUGUGUAUUAUAUAUAUUAAAGUUUGAAACUA